GUUAAAAGACGUCAAAGUGAUAACUGUCAAAUUUCUAUUGUGUCUAUAAAAAAAUAGAGGUUAUUAUGUAUAAAAUUACUAAUUAAAUAAAAUUAUAAUAAUGGUUACAUUAAUAAGUAGUAUUAAUGGUAUAAAGAAUUAUUGUUCAUUCAAUUCUACAAAGUUAUAUCAAAGAGUUUUUAUCAAAAGAACAAGUAGUUCAAACACCAAAAUACCAGAUGUGAAGAGAAUUAGGAACUUCAGUAUUGUGGCUCAUGUGGACCACGGCAAGAGUACAUUAGCAGACAGACUAUUAGAAAUAACGGGAGUUAUAAAACCUGGCACUGAACAUGCUCAAGUUUUAGAUCAAUUACAAGUAGAAAGAGAAAGAGGAAUUACUGUAAAAGCUGUUACAGCAUCAUUAAAUUACACCCACAACAAUGAACAAUAUUUACUUAACCUUAUAGAUACUCCAGGACAUGUGGAUUUUGCUAAUGAGGUUGUUAGAAGUGUGUCUGCAUGUCAGGGAGUAAUAAUGUUGGUAGAUGCUAAUGAAGGUGUUCAAGCACAAACAGUUGCAGUCCAUUCCCUUGCCAAGAGGAACAAUUUGCUCAUUAUACCUACACUAAAUAAAGUGGACCUUCCCAGAGCUAAUCCUGACAAGGUUAAAUCCCAAUUAAAGACAGUAUUUGAUAUAGAUCCAGCUACAGUCUUAAGUAUAUCUGCCAAAAAGGGGUGGGGUGUUGAAGAAUUAUUACAAGCUGUGAUCACGAGAAUUCCGCCACCAAUAGUUAAGCUGGAUGAUCACUUUAAAGCUCAUAUAAUAGAUACAUGGCAUGAUAAAUACAGAGGAGUACUAUGUUUGGCUUACAUACAUUCAGGAAAGGUACGAAUAGGUCAGACAGUUAAAUGGAGAUCAGGAUCUAAACAGCAUACUGUAAAGUUCUUGGCACUUUUACGGCCUCAGGAAGAACCUAUAGAGGAAGCUGGAGCUGGUCAAGUUAUAAUGGUAGGUUGUGGGCCCAAAGGUGGGGGUUCAGUUGGAGAUCAACUUUUAUCAAUAGAUUGUGCUGAUACUGGAGAUGCUAUAACAGUAGCUCCAGUAAGACAUAUGGUAUAUGCUGGAGUUUUUCCUGCUGAUCAGUCACAACAUACCCAAUUGAGUGAUGCCAUAAAGAAAUUAGCUUUAAAUGACUCUGCAGUUUCUGUUACACCAGAUUCCAGUCCAGCCUUGGGGCAAGGAUGGCGAGUUGGAUUUUUAGGACUUCUACAUCUCGAUGUGUUUACACAGAGGCUGUUGCAAGAAUAUAAAGCUGAAGCUAUUCUCACUGCGCCAUCUGUCCCAUACAAAAUCAAAGUUAAGGGAUCAAAAAUAAUAAAACAAUACAAAGGCGAAGAAGUAAUAAUCACAAAUCCUUUACAAUUACCUGAUGCUAAUAACAUAGCUGAGUAUUACGAACCUCUUGUAAUAGGUACCAUAAUAACUCCUGUUGAAUAUAUUGGUGCAGUGACAUCACUAUGCAUAGACCGACGAGGCACACCACUUCCUUCAAACGCAGUUGAUGAUAGAAUGACUAUGUUGCAAUAUAUAUUGCCGUUGUCUGAAGUAGUUGUUGAUUUCCAUGAUACUCUCAAAAGCAUUACCUCAGGCUUUGCUAGCUUCGACUAUCAAGAUUAUGGUUUCCAUCCUAGCCCAUUAAUCAGAAUGGAUAUUUUGCUGAACGGUGUCUUAGUUGAAGAAUUAUCUACUAUAGUACAUGUUAGUCGUUUAGAAUACAAUGCUAGAAGAUUAACUGAAAAGUUAAAAGAAAUGAUUCCACGACAAAUGGUGCAGGUCGCCGUUCAAGCUGUAGUGGGUGGAAAAGUUUACGCAAGGGAAACUAUAAAGGCAUACAGAAAAGAUGUCACAGCAAAAUUAUACGGUGGAGAUGUGACCCGCAGAAAGAAGUUGCUAAAACAACAAGCAGAAGGAAAGAAAAAAAUGCGAAGCGUGGCUAAUAUUAAAAUACCUAGAAAUACUUUCAUUGAUGUAUUAAAGAAAUAAAAUCAAUAAAUGUAAAUAGUAGUAA